AUGGUGCAAUCGUCGAACGUCACACACAUGUCCGCUCAUCCGGCUCAACGUUACUCGCCACCGCCUUGGCACAAGCUCAGAACACCUUUGUUACGGAGAAUCUCAUUCGACAGCUCAACAUCCCUCGUCAAUACUCAGGCAUUUUCAUCACUGGAAUUGGAGGUUCACAUUCUCAAGACAGUUACAUCAAUCUUACCAUCCUUUGAAACGGAACCGGAAGAAUGGCAUCUCAAACACUUGGCAUUAGCCGAUCCUGAAUUCCUCAUUCCGCGGCCGGUUGACAUCCUCAUCGGAGCAGACGCCUACGGGCAAAUCAUCAAGCCCAACAUCAUCAGGCAUUCUCCAUUUAUGCCGAUAGCGCAACUCUCCAUUUUUGGAUGGCUCGUUCUUGGACCAGUUAACAAGAAGACACAUCAACUUGUUGACAAAUUCUGGAUUCAAGAGGAGGUGCCUACUCAUGAUGUUAAUCGACUCACCCCUGACGAACAGAGAUGCGAGGAGCAUUUUAAAAUGACACACUCUCGCGAUUCUUCAGGGAGGUAUACCGUCCGGAUUCCACUUAAGUCACCAGCAGAUCUUUUGGGUGAUUCCUACCACGCCGCUCAUCAAUGUCUUAAAGGACUACGCAAGCGACUCUCAAGGGAUGCGAGCUAUCAACGUCUUUAUCAACAGUUUAUGACUGAAUACGAAACACUCAACCACAUGACGAAGGCAUCAUCUAUCUCCAGUCAUCGCUCACAUUUUUAUUUACCGCAUCAUGGUGUUCUCAAGCCUGACAGUACAACAACGAAACUGCGGGUGGUUUUCAAUGGCUCUAGCGCAUCUACAUCGGGAUACUCUAUCAACGACCUUAUGUAUACUGGAGCAAAACUGCAUCUAAACAUCUCAGAUGUUUUACUGUGGAUACGUAGACAUCGUCACAUUUUUGCCACAGACAUCACAAGGAUGUACAGACAGAUCAAGAUUCACGAGGAUGACUGGGAUUUACAACGGAUACUCUGGAUAGACGAUCAGCUCAACGAAGUGCCAUAUGGGAGUAUCCCGAGGUCACCCGUGCCAUAUCACCUAACGACCGUCACUUAUGGAACAAAGGCCGCACCGUUCUUGGCCGUGCGAACUCUGCUGCAAUUAGUAGAAGAUGAAGGAUAUAGAUUUCCACUGGCGGUGCCAUCCAUCAGUCACGGCAGAUAUGUCCAUGACAUCUUUGGUGGUGCAGAUACAGUGUAA